AUGCGGUUCAACACCCGCAGGUCAUCACGUCUGGAACACGACGAUGAUUUACACUCCUCCAAUACUAACAACAAUCUCGGCACGCCGUCAGAGGAUCCUCCUUCGUAUGAUCUCUCCAUGAGCUCAUCCCUGUCCACAUCAACAGGACCACCACCGAUUAGUCUGCAAAGCAGUUCCAGUAUCUUACGUGGCACAUCGUUACUCUCUCUCAAUGAGAAACCCAAGAAGAAAAAGAAUGUUCCGUACAGACCAGCUCCAGAACAGCAAAGUCAUAUCGAUAAGCUCGGAUCAUCUAACGUCACUUCCAUCUCAACUGUAUCUUCCAACACUCACACUGAAUACUUUGAUGUGUUACCGUCGUUUCAGAUGUUCCAGUCGAUAUUGAAACGAGAUGAUGAGCAGUUCAACGAGAACUUACUGAUCCUACCACCAGAGUAUGGUGAUACCAGAAACACUUCUCCUUCACCCCCAAACUUAUCUCCAAUGAGUAGUGCUUCAAGCACCCCUGGUACUGAGCAGCACGAGACUAUCGAUGGGAUGUUACGUCCUGAGACCCUGCAAGAACAGGAGUAUAAUUUCGAAGAAAACUAUGGAUUCGGUGAAGACGAAGCAGAUGAUGGGCUCCAGAACUCUAACAGAGAGUACUACAGUAGGAACAACAUCACCAACGCCAAUAACACAUACGGGCACACUGUGUUGGAUAACAUCGACCGGUUGCCGAAACUUAAUACUUCGCCCAUUGAUAUCCAGGUUUUUUUAACUAAAGGAGUCCCUGAACCCCAUAUGCAAAAUGAGCUAGAAACAAGACUCAAAGAGUAUACUAACGGAGAUUUGGUCAAUGGGUAUAUUGUUAUCCACAAUACUUCGAGCAAACCUGUGAGUUUUGGGCUAUUUACAGUGUCAUUAGAAGGGACCACCAAGGCUGUGGAAAAGAAAACCAACUCCGACCAUCACAACCUGUUCUCCAAGGUGUUGAUGAAAAAGUUUUUAAAGAUGUAUGAUUUGAAUGCAUCAUAUGGAUAUACAGAUGUUCCCAACAGUGCUGGGAUUGAGUAUAAACCAGGUUCAAGAGACUUAUAUGACGACUGCAUUCUUGGAUUGCCAAAUGAGAGAAUCCUUGUUCCUGGACAAAAAUACAAGAAGUUCUUUACUUUCAAAUUUCCCAACCGUCUACUCGAUACCACCUGUUCUUCCAGCAUUCUUCCACACAUUCUUUCUCCACCAUCAGUAGGGGUCGAUAGUACCUCGUUCAAUGGGAAAGCUAGCCAUAUCGAAUUGAAUAAAGCUUUGGGGUACGGGUUUAUUCCCGACAGGGGAACACCUUUACUUACAAGAGAUCAUGGGUUUCACGACAUGAGUGUUUCGUACACAAUUGAAGCAAAGUUUAUUGACAAGGUGAACAGCUCCCAAGAAGUUCCCGUUAGUCACAACGAAAUCAAUGAGUCUGACAAUAUGAAAGACUAUGUGGUUUCACGAGGAGCCCAGUAUUUUUUGCGGUUCAUUCCCGACUUGAAAGAGCUUAUUUCAUAUUUCAAUGAGGACAUCAUCUUUGGAAAUGAGACCUUUGGGAGCGUUGGUAUCGAUGGUAAAUUGUUCAACAACUAUAUUUAUACCAAGACUUGGAGGGAACUUAAUAGCCUCAACUCGCUAAUUGAGCAAGAAAUCGAUGCUCGUCUCGAAAGAGAACAACUCUCGGACGAUGAUAUCAAACAUAAAAACCUCAUCAUUGACAAUUACAAUAACACCAAUAUUAGACAAACUUCAAUCGUUGCCAAGGAACAACAACUCCAACUGCAACAAGUGGACGAGGAAGCAUAUUAUUGUGAGAAACGAAUGAUAGGAAGUCGAUACCCAGUCGAUGUGUUUAGCAAGAAGAAGAAGAAGAUAUUGUCCUCACUAGUGAAGGUCGGUCACCUGAAGAUGUACGUUCAGGUUCCUGACCAGCCCGUGACAUAUGAGUCUCCUAAGUUGAUAAAACGGUAUAACCUCACGGAUGAUUAUAGUCUUAAGUCCAAUGAACUUGUACCUGUUAACAGCAUAAGCAGCAACCGGAUCAAUGAAUUAUACCGCAGAAUAGAAGAUGAUUACGCAAAGGACGUUAAAGUUUCGGUGGUAUUCGAAGGUUUGGAUUCUGGGUGUACUCCUCCACCCAUUGCUAAUAUCGAUUGUAACAUAGUUGCAUGGUCAUUCAAGGCAGAUUACCCUUUACCGUGCGAGUUUGAAUACGACUUUUUCUAUGAAUCCUUGCAUCCCUCGACAAAAAAGGUGGACCAAGUGGAAAUCACCAAACAGAACCUCCAGCAGGUUAAAGACCAAACGGCCAAUUAUAUUCAUUUCCUCAAGGCUAAUAAGACGUUUAUUUCAAAAAAUUCUUACCUUUACUUGAAAUCCAUGAAGACAUUAGGGAUUAAACGUGAUACCAUCACCGAAUUUUUUCUGCCAAUUUCCGAAACUUCCCACCCUGAAAUUUUCGCCGAUAACUGGAAACUUACAGGUACCAACAAGUGGACUAAAGACUUACGCAUCCCACUAGACAUCCUCAACAAGCACAAUAUUGCCCUCAUUCCAACGUUCCAAAGCUGUUUAUUUGGGCGAUUAUACUGCUUGCAAGUUGUGGUAAAGUUUAAAGGGGGUAGUGGAGAACGUAACGAGUUUGCUGAUAACGUGGUUACUACUGAAGUGCCGGUUUUAGUGGGUUAGUAGUAUCAUUUAAUAGCAUAAUGCACCAAUCGAUUUCGCACCCAAGUCGUGGCAGCCGCUACCACCAACUCCGGCGCGGAGAUGGCACCGGCGCACCCAAUUACCUGCUCUCACGUGAGUAUGACGCAUCGGUCCUCCAUAUGACUCUGAAUAAAUUAAAUCAUCUCACA